AUGAAAUCGGUUUUUAAGAGAGAAAUUUGUACGACAUGUUUGAAACUAUCCGAAGCCUUUAUUUGUCGUGGAUGUCAACAACCAUUUUGUGCAAGACAUGUCAAUCGACAUCAGGAAAAAAUUACCAAAGAUAUGAAUAGUCUUGUUACUAAAUGUGAUCGAUUACGCGAUGAUUCAAAAUCCGAGAAAUUCGCUCAACAACUUCUAUCCAAUAUUGAUCGAUGGGAAAAAGAAUCGAUAGAAAAAAUUCGACUGGCUGCUCAAACGGCUCGGACUGAUUUAAGACCAUGGAUUGAACGAACAAAAAAUGAACUCGAAAUUCCAUUUCAGAAGAUGAUGGAUGAACUUCAAACAAGACGAAAACUACAAGAUUAUACUGAAAUUGAUUUGAAACGAUGGAGUUCACAAUUGGCAGAAUUCAAUGAAAAACUCAAGCAACGACCCGUUAUAGAAUAUCUCGAUUAUGAUGACACACAAGCAAUUCAUUUGAUUAGAAUUAUCGAUCGUUCAAGUUUCAACUCAUCAUGUAGUACUAAUUUUACCUAUUCUUUUUCGGAACGAAGUUUGAACAAUUCUGAAGAAUCACCGACUUUGGAACGGGAAACAUUUGGAGAAAUUUUCGGCGCAAUUAAUUUAUCUGAAAAUGAUCAUGUUGCUACAUAUAGUGGUCCUUGGAUUGGUGAUGCCAGUGUGUGUGGUACGAAUACAUAUUCAACUGGAGUGCAUCAUAUUCGCUUUCGCAUUACGGAAAAAUUCUACAAUGCACCGUUUUUUGGUAUUUCUGCUGCAUCUCAACCGAUGAUCGAACAUAUGAGCGCAUCUCCAUCGACGAAUGGUUGGUCAAAUUUUGAUUUUCCCGUAGUCAGUGGUAUAGAGGAACGCGUGGGAAAAGAUCGAAUUAUUCGGGCCGGUGAUACUGUUGCACUGACAUUAGAUUGUGACCGAAGACAAAUUUUUUUGAGACAUAUUCGAACGAACAGACUUUCACAGUUGCCCAUCGAUAUUCGCAUCUGUCCAUUUCCAUGGAAACUUCUGAUCAUUUUACGACGUAGAGGUGAUUGUGUCCGUCUUCUAGGUGGCUCAGUGGGUCUAACAACAGCAGAAGUAGUCAGCAUAUUGCCUGAUCAUCUAAAAAGUCGAUAA